AUGGCUAGUGUAAUCGAGGCCGCAAAGCGCGCCGCCGGCAAGGCUGCUGUCGCCAACCACUACCCCAAAGAUGCCAAAUUUGUCGGUAUCGGCAGCGGAUCUACUAUUGUAUAUGUUGUCGAGGCUAUCAAAGAAUCUGGCAUUGAUACCUCUAUGACAAGAUACGUUCCCACCGGCUUCCAAUCAAAACAGCUCAUCCUUUCCGCCGGCUUGACAGCAGUUGAGUUUGAUUCGCUACCCGAAGGAACCGUACUUGAUGUCGCCUUUGACGGCGCGGACGAGGUCGACGAUGAGCUCAACUUAAUAAAGGGCGGCGGCGCCUGUCUCUUCCAGGAGAAAAUUGUGGCUCUGCAAGCCAAGGAGUUCAUCUGCGUGGCAGACUCGCGCAAACUCCAGUCUCGUCUCCUCACGAAUUGGAAAUACAUUCCCAUUGAGGUGGCACCUAUUGCCGCCCCUCGUGUCCUAACCAAGCUGCGAGAGUUGGGCAGCAUUCAGCCCGCCAUCCGGCUCAGCGGCACCUCCAAGGGACCCCUGAAGACGGAUCAGGACUUCUACAUCAUUGACGCUCCUUUCCCACCAUUGCUCACCAAGGCUGACGUUGCCGCUGGCAACGAUGGGAACGGAAAGGGAGGAAUCUGGGAGGUUGAUGCCCUGGCGCAGGCGAUUAAGAUGAUUGCGGGCGUACUGGAGGUUGGCAUCUUCUCCGGCGUGACCGGACCUCAGGCUCAAGCGCUUGGAGGUAUUGGUGGCCAGAAGCCCAUCGCUGCUUACUUUGGCAUGCCCGACGGCACAGUAUCAGUUAGGAAGGCCAUUUCUUAG